AUUCAGGAAACAACCUAUCUAUAUAUUAACUUCCUUUGAAAAAGGUGUCUGAAGAAACAAUAUCUAUCUCACACCAUUUUUGACUCACCAAAAAUGGGCAUGUUUUCUAGAGCAAUAAUCUUAAUUUUAGCCUUAGUUUUUUCAUUUCUAGAUGGCAAAAAUGCACAAGACCUCAUUUUUCCAGCUUUAUUUACAUUUGGGGACUCAGCCAUGGAUAUUGGCAACAAUAAUUAUCUCCCCACUAUUUUCAAGGCUAAUUAUCUUCCCUAUGGGAGAGAUUUCGCCAAUCAUAAACCUACUGGAAGAUUUUGCAAUGGAAAAUUAGUCUCUGACAUUGCAGCUGAUACUUUAGGGUUUAAGAGCUAUAUACCGCCGUAUCUUAGCCCGGCUGCUUCAGGAAAGAAUCUGCUUCAUGGAGCUAGCUUUGCAUCGGCUGGAUCUGGUUAUGAUGAUAAAGCCGCCGUUCGAAGCAAUGCUCUUACAUUGCCUCAACAGUUGCAAUACUUCAAAGAAUACCAGAGUAAGCUAGCCAAGGUAGCUGGUGCCAACAGAUCUGCAUUCAUAAUCAAGGAAGGAUUAUGCCUGCUAAGUUCAGGCACUGCAGAUUUGCUUGUGAACUAUUACGUUAACGGCCGGUUAAACAAAGCUUAUACUCCUGAUCAGUAUAUUUCAUUCCUUAUCAGAGGAUUCUCAAGAUUUGUUAAGGGUUUAUAUGCAUUGGGAGCAAGGAGACUAGGGGUUUCUGCACUCCUUCCAAUUGGUUGUACUCCUGCAGCUCGGGAUUUAUUCGGUUCAAAUGAGAUCGGAUGCGUCUCAAGGAUCAACAACGAUGCCCUCAACUUCAACAAGAAGAUAAACUCAACUUCUGCAGCUCUCAAGAAACAACUUCCUGGUCUUAAAAUUGCUGUUUUUGACAUUUUCACUUCAAUCCAUGACCUUGUCAAAUCCCCUUUACAUCAUGGGUUUGUGGAAGCAAGACGAGGGUGUUGUAUGACGGGAACGACGCAUGUAGCUACAAAGCCAUUGUUGUGCAAUCCAAAGUAUGCAGGAACUUGCAGCAAUGCAUCACAGUAUGUGUUUUGGGAUGGUACUCAUCCAUCAGAAGCUGUUAAUCAUAUUAUUGCAGAGAGCCUUCUUUUUCAGGGAUUUUCACUCAUCUGACCAUAAAAUUGAAAUGUGCUACUUUUUUAUGGUUUUCAGAAAUGUGUUACUAUUCUCUUGAAUUUUCAGCUUAUUUCUUUCUAUCUUUGUUUCAUUUAUAAUUCUGUGAACAAUUUAAUGUUAAACUUCAAUGUCAAAUGUAUUGGAAAAAAAGAAUUCAUGUGC